GUUCGCCCAAGCAGCAUCGCGCCGAGCAGCAUCGGAUCCGCUGGUCCGGGGACGGAAAGCUUCGACGGUGAUUGGAAAGGUUGUUUGUGUUGGCCGAGACCGUGGCUCGCAGCAAACAUUCAGGGGGAAAAGAAGAAACGGAACCAAAAGGCACGUCCUGGCCGAAGCGCAAUCCUUACCGUAGCAAGGGCAGGUUUGCUGUGGUGUGCAAGCGGAAGUCAUCGACCUUCGACAACCAGCCCCCCGGACCUGCUUCCUGCCCUUUGCAGGCGGCUUCUCGGGGCAAGUUGCCCUUUCUUCCAGCCGAGAGUGGCUCGCCAGUGGCAGUGUGGUCUUCCGCGCCACCCAAAAAGGGCAGCAAAGCGGGACGGCAGCAAGUGUGUGUGUGUGUGUGUGUUCAAUCGGUCGUGUGGUGGAGCUGCUGCUGCACGGGUACGGAACGCAUUGAAGCAUUGAAUUUUCCACUUCACGGAUCGAUGAAAAACCAACGGAACGGAUUGCAGAUUACGCGGAAGCUGGUCGGUGCUGUUGUUGCAAUCGGCCCGUACUACCACCGCACACAGCGCGAGUGAGCCUGCUGUGAGUGUGUUUGUGUUUGCGCUCGCGCGCGCGUGUGUAUGUGUGUGGCUAUUUCUUGUACGUGCGUUUGGUGUGUCGAAGAAGGCAGACUCAAAAACAAUACCGUUCAGUGUCCGUCGUGCUUGUUGCUGAGUUGCAGAAGACCGAAACCGGAACGGGAGCAGUGACCGUAGUGGUGUAGUGGUUCGGAAUCGGUCCGGAAGGUGCACCAGCUACAAAGUUUCGCCCUCAGCAAGCUCAGUAACAGGUUUGGCAGUUCAAGGAAACUGCUUUUUGCCUUUGUUCCGGCAAUUGUGAAACCCGAUCGCGAUCAACGUCAAACAAUCAAAGCCGCAGUCGCUCCUCCCGGCCGUCCCCAUGGCAACGGUCAAUCUGAAUCCGAACGGCUGCCCGGCGGCGACCCCGACCGCGGUCGGCUCCAGCACCUCCAUCCACUCGAUACAGGGGAAGGACCAGUGGGUGAAGCUGAACGUGGGCGGCACCUGUUUCCUCACCACCAAAACGACCCUCUCCCGCGAUCCAAACUCGUUCCUGUCACGGCUCAUCCAGGAGGACAGUGAUCUCAUCUCCGAUCGGGACGAAACCGGUGCGUAUCUGAUCGAUCGUGACCCGCGGUACUUUGCGCCGGUGCUGAACUACCUGCGCCACGGCAAGCUCGUGCUGGACGACGGCCUGUCGGAGGAGGGCGUGCUGGAGGAGGCCGAGUUCUACAACGUGACGCACCUGAUCGGCCUGCUGAAGGACAACAUUGCGCGGCGCGAGCAGCGGCCGGCGGCGGACAAGAAGCGCGUCUACCGGGUGCUGCAGUGCCAGGAGAACGAGCUGACGCAGAUGGUGUCGACCAUGUCGGACGGGUGGCGGUUCGAGCAGCUGAUCAACAUCGGCACGCAGUACAACUACGGCACGGAGGAGAACGCCGAGUUUCUGUGCGUGGUGUCGAAGGAGUGCGCCAACACGCUGAUCGGGCGCGAGGUCGAGUCGAACGAUCGGGCCAAGGUGCUGCAGCAGAAGGGUUCGCGGAUGUAAGAUGGGGGGGAGGGGGGGGGAUGAGGCGGGUUUUGUUACAGAAAUAUUCUUCUUUGUAACCUUAAUCGCGGGGUCUACGCGGAGCGGUUUGCCUAGACAAGUGAAUGAAGCUCGCCGUCGGUUGAAAACAAUAUUAUAGAUAGAAAUUAUGAAUCAUCCUCCUCGUGGUGUGGGAGGUAAUGAAGAGGGAGGAGAGAAGGCGGCUUUGUGGACAAUAGGAGCGACUGCGAAUAUUAAGAGAGAAAUCCCGAAUAGCAUCGAGUUCGUGUUUUGAGCGCGCCCAUUACAAAUUAGGGAGAGUUUUUGAACCCACGGCAGGCAUGGGUUUGGGAGGACUGCAAGCUACAAGCUCGUUGGCGAGCGAGUUGCCAUUAACUUUGCACUUGUCGACCACGGACAUAGUAAUUAGCAGCAAUUUGCAUGCAAAGCACGCUACAACGCGAGGAGAGCCAGAAGGUUGGUUGCAACUCCCCUUUUUCACGUGUGAUACACCGCGAAUGAGCAAUGGAAAGGAAGCGAGAGUGGCAAUGUUCCGCUCCUAAGUUCCGUUCGGAUCCUAGCCUUACCCACAAAAAAAAAAA